AUGGAGGGUUUGAACAUAUACAUGCCCAAGUCUAAGAAAGAAUGGAAAGCCAUCAUCGCGACUGGUUCCGAGCAUGAUCCCGCAUCUCAAUGGAUCAACAAGGACCUCGCACCCACGCCAAAGGAAGCACGUACAUGGUCAUGGAUAUCCCUGACCAGCUACUGGUGGGGCAAUGCCUUCAAUUCCAGCCAGUGGUCCAACGGCGCUAGUCUCAUUGCCGUCGGCUUGAAUUGGUGGCAAGCAUUGAUUGCCUGCAUGUUGGCGAAUCUCAUCUCGUCCACUGUGGCCCUCGCCUUGGGACGACCUGGGGCGAGGUACCACAUCGGCUACCCGGUCCUAGCUAGGAGUGUCUUCGGCAUAUACGGGCACUACUUCUUCGUCUGGAUCCGCGCCGUGGUCGCCAUUAUCUGGUUCGGUGUACUGACGUAUUUCGGCUCGCAGCACUUGAGCGUCAUCUUCAGAUGCAUCUUCGGGAAUUCGUGGGAGAACAUGCCGAACCAUCUUCCCACCAGCGCUGGAAUCAGCUCGAGAGAUCUCCUGGCCUUCUUCCUCUUUUGGUUGAUUGAGCUGCCGUUUCAAGUUGUGCAUCCAACCAGGAUCAAGUACCUAUUCGCGGUGUGUUUCUCCAUGCUCUCGCCCACCUUUUCCCAUCGCGGUUGUGCUGAUCAAUUUGCGGCGUCGCAGGCUGAAUUGAUAUUCUGCCCGCUGGCUUGCCUGGGAACAUUCGCCUGGUAUGUCAACUACGGAGGCGGCAUUCGCGUAAACACAUUCGGAGCGACACGAGUCCACGGUGGUGCUCUGGGCUGGGCCAUGCUCAAUGGCAUCAGUAGCUGUCUGGGCGUGACGUCUGCUCUUCUUGUCAAUCAACCUGACUUGACCCGAUAA